AUGAACAGCCACACCUCUCAGACAGAGGCACACUCCCAGGUCUCGCCAGACCCCAUCCCUCCGCCCAUCAAGCUCAAAUAUCUAGUUCCACCCCCCUUGCGCCAAGCCAGGCCGGUACGCAAGGGUGUGUGCCUUCUCUUAAACUUCCUGACCGAGAAGCCCGGCGGCGACGGACAACUCUUCCUUGCCGACCACGGCCUCAAGUUCACGCGCAAGCCGGCCUACCCUACCAUCUAUGAAUUUGGCUUGGACCUGUACUGCCGUGCUGAAGGCAGCGAGGUGGAAGAGAUUUCGCCCAUGCACAGACAUGGCCUGACGGCAUUUGUCUUUAAGCAAUAG